ACUGUGCCCCCCUUUUCCAGGAACACUCCCUCUCCCUUCCCCGCCCAUUCCUCUCUCGCUCCGUUCUCCACUAUUACCUGUUCCAGCGCAACUGGCUACAGCCCUCGAGUUCGUGAGCCACGUCACCCCCGCCCAAGAUACACACACACAUACACGCGCGCACAAACACUAAAACCUCACUUGAACUGCUUUCAACGCUUUCCAGGAUCACUAAAAGAACACCAAACGACAUUUUCUUCAACAAUAACUCGUCGUGGGAACCCAACAUCUUUCUUUAUUCCCUGCCACUCGAAGACCCCCCUGCGUGAGAUUCGCCACCAUGCACUUGUUGUCCGCCGACUGCCUGGGCUCCCUUUUCCUUCUCCUCCCCACUUUUUUCGGCCAAGUGAGCGGCCUGGAGACGGUGAUGGGCCUGUACGACCAAACACUGGAGAUUCCGUGCAACAAAGGAGCCGUGAAAGCGGAAGACGCGCUGAUCACAAAGUGGAAAUAUGACAAAGGGGAUGGACUCUCGGGAGACCUGCUGGUCAGAAAGAAAACUGAAAGCGUCUCCAUUAACACCACCGAUGAAUACAAGGGUCGCAUCAACAUGGCCGCCAAUUCCAGUCUGCUGCUUUCUGCCCUUAAGCUGAGCGACCAGCGCACUUUCACCUGCAUGGUGGUGGUCGGCUUAGACAUUGACGAGUACCCAGUCAACGUGGUCGUCUAUAAGGCGCCUGCAGGGGUGGAGGUUUCUGACAAGGCACAAGAGCUGGCCAUUGGCAAACUUACAAAGCUGGCCACAUGUAUCACAAAGGAUGCCAAUCCGGCAGCCAACAUCACAUGGCUCAAGAACAACAAACCCCUGGUGGAUGGCGGGAAAGGCGUUUCCAUCCGAGCCUCGGUGCAGGUGGACCCGGUGAGCGGCCUGUCGAGCACCUCGUCCACACUGGAGUACUCGGCUACAAAGGAGGACACGGACGCCCGGUUCUCAUGCAGCGCUCAGCACAUCGUGGGGAAGGAGCUGGCAUCGUCGGCGCUCACUUUCACCAUCACAUACUCCACAGAGAACAUCGUCCUACAGGUGAUUGCCCCAGAACCUCUGGUGGAAGGUGACAACGUGACCCUUAAGUGCAUGGCAGACGGCAACCCGGCCCCGACCAGCUUCAACUUCCACGUGAAGGGCGAUGUCAUUCCUGUGAAAAAUAUGGAUACAUACACACUCACUCAUGUCUCGCGUGACGACACCGGUGAAUAUCAAUGCUCCCUAAUUGACAACUCCGCCAUGAUGGCUUCCAAGGACGUCACAGUCAAUUACCUUGACAUCAAAUUAAGUCCCACUGGGAGCGUCGUCAAGCCAGCUGGGGAGGCCUUGGAGCUAUCUUUCCAGAUCAACUCUUCAGGACAAUCAAAGGUCUCUUGGACCAAGGACAAUGUCAAGCUGGACAAAGAGCCAACGUUUACCGAGCUCAAGUACUCCGAUUCUGGCCGCUAUGAGAGUGACGUGAAGAUGGGAGCACUUAGCAAGAAGGUUUUUUUUGACCUGGUUGUUGAAGGCGCUCCAGUGAUCAAACAGCUGUCCAAACAGCGUAGUGAAGACGGUCAACAUAAAGUCUUGAUUUGUGAGGCAGAGGGCUCUCCAAAGCCAUCUGUUUCCUGGAGCAUCAAUGGCACCUUGCUUGAAGAAAGUCCCUUCCUCAAUGGCAAGGUCACGCACAAAAUCACGGUGGUCCCCACCAUCAACCUGACUGUCUCGUGCACCGUGUCCAAUGAGUUUGGCGAGGACACAUGGACCAUCGAUGUGUCUUCUCACGAAUCGGAGGACGUCGAUCAAACCAAGUUGGUGGUUGGAGUGGUGGUCGGCCUUUUUAUCGCCACCGUGGUCAUUGGGCUGGCUUAUGGAAUCUGCCAGAAGAAAUCCAAGCAAGGCAGCUGGAAGACUGGCGAGAAGGAGAACGGCUCCUCUGAUGAGGAGAGAAAGCUCGAGGAAAAGGUGGAGGAGAACAGCCAAAAAGCUGAAGUGUAGAGGAACGCGAAAGCCACCUACAAUCCUUUGGGAAUGUGAAAAGUGAGAACAUAGAACAUUUCACGUUUCUCCUCCUCACUUCAUCUUUUGGGAAACGAAGAAAAAAAAGUGUACAUUACAAUGAAGACAACUUGGAUUUGAUUUCAGGGAGAAUUUGACUACAAAUCCAAUCACACGCUGGAAAAAAACAACAACAAUAAUUGGAUACUAUAUGUGAUAUACAUGCACUACUUGACACGCUCAUAUAUGUACACAGUGUAGCUCCGUCUUAUGUUAGCAAUCAAGGUUGUUAGAAAAGAGCAUUUUUUUAGUUAGCUGCUGCCAGUGAAAUAACUUCUAGUCCAGGUUUGUCUUUGCUGUAAAGAUGUGUACGAAGUGCUUCGUGGCUUAUGUCAUCUAUUCUUUGGGGGGGCGGGGGGGGUGGUUUUUUUUUUUUUUUAAAUGUACAUACCGUAUUUUCCACACUAAAAGGCGCACUGGAUUAUGAGGCGCACCUUCAAUGAAUGGCCUAUUUAAUCUUUUUUUUAUACGUUGGGAGCCCCGCGUUAUUAGACUCAAUCUAGAAUGCAUCCACUAGAUGGAGCUACGCUCUAGCAAACACUAACAGAACGAUCAGAUGUCAGUAAAACUUAUUUAAUAAAGCAGCGACAAAGUUCACUUAACCAACAGCAAGCUAUAACAUUGACUCAUUAACGUUGAACUCUCUUGACGCUGCUCUAUUUCUGUGUUCAGCUGCAUAGAUCGCCUUAAGUUUAAACUCUGCAUUGUCAGCAUGUCUCGAGCCAGGAACCAUUUUGGAGUCAAAAUAUUACCGUAAUGACCAUACACAAGGCCCAUCGGAUUUUAAGGCGCACUGUGAGCUUUUAAUAAAAAGGCUUUUAGGUGCGCCUUUUAGUGCGGAAAAUACGGUACUUGUGUAUGUGUGCAUUUACAUCGAGAAUGGCUAAAGGGUUAGUACUGAGGUUGGCGAGAAUGCACCAUUUAUGAUUUUUUUUUUCCAAAUGUACUGUAUGGCAUCGAACGUCAAUGACCGGGUAGAUUGACCGAGCAAGUGAUUUGGAUGGAUUUGAUGUCCAUUUCGCAUCCUUUACAAGGAAAUCUUCCUGCUCGUGUCUGCAUUCAAUGAUUCAUGUUUGAGUUGUUGAGUUCCCACAGCUGGUUCUCAAAAUGGGACAAUGCCAUUGUGAAGUAUGAAUAUUAUUUUGUUGUUGCUGUUGCUAUUUAUGUUGGACAAGAUGAACGUCCGGUAAUUUGAAUUAUAGAUGAAAACACGAUUACAGGCUUGAGAUACGUAGUUGAUAAUUUCGGAAUUGAAAGCAUCCAAUUAGAAGAAUGACCAAAGAAAGUGAACAUUGCCAUGCAAGUACUGUAAAUAUCUGUUUUGUUUUUUUGUACUUUUGUUUAAAAUAAAGUGGUCAUUUGGAAAA